AUUUUGAAAAUCGCAUCAUUCUUCAACGUAUUUGCAACGCAACACAACGCAUAGCCAAACACGCUGCUUGCAAAAUGUACGAAUAUUAAAAGAAGCGUGUUACAUAAACACACAAAGCGUUGUGCGGAGAGUGUUGCGAACGAAGGCGACGCAAUGGGCUCUACAAAGGUGGACGGCGUGCAGACCACUCCGGCGGCGACGGCAGCGAAGAACGGCGGCAAGGCGUACGGGCAAAUCGUGCUCACGCUCAACAAUCUACUGCUGCCCGAGGAGAAGCUUGCCACCACGCCGUCGCAGCUGGAUGGCCUGGACGCUGACACCGAGACGGACCUACGCAUCUACGGAUGUGAAUUGAUUCAAACUGCGGGCAUUUUACUCAGACUACCUCAGGUUGCAAUGGCGACUGGACAAGUCCUCCUGCAGCGCUUUUACUAUUCCAGGAGCAUUGUCCGCCACCCGGUGGAGGUGACGGCGAUGGCGUGCGUGUGCCUCGCGUCCAAAAUCGAAGAAGCUUCACGCGUCGCCCGGCACGUGAUCAAUGUCUUCACGCACAUACGCCAAUUGAACUCAAACAAACCUAUCACGCCGGUCAUCCUCGAUCAGAACUACGUCCAGCUGAAGAAUCAAAUCAUCAGCGCCGAGCGGCGCAUCCUGAAGGAGCUUGGGUUUUGUGUUCAUAUUAAGCAUCCUCAUAAGAUAAUAGUAAUGUACUUACAAGUCCUCUGCCUGGAACGCCACGCGAAUCUCAUGCAGUACUCCUGGAACUACAUGAACGAUUCCCUGCGCACGGAUGUCUUCGUGCGCUACCAACCUGAAACAGUCGCCUGCGCCUGCAUUUACCUCACCGCUCGCAAACUCAAACUCCCCCUGCCGAAGAACCCCGCCUGGUAUACGAUCUUCGGCGUGCGCGAGCGCGACAUCCGCGACGUAUGCGUCCGCAUCCUCCGCUUAUACAAUCGCCCCAAACCCAACGUGGAAGAGCUAGAGAAACGCGCCGAUGAGCUGCGCAGGAAGUACCAGGACGCCAAACUGAAAGCGAAAGGCGGUUCGGGCACAAACACACCGAAUCACAACAAUAGCUCACCGUCGAGUGAUAAUACCACGACGGCGAAGACAACGGGCGCGCAUAACGCCUGGGGCGGGUUUAUUAGUCGCAGCGGGAGUCAUGUGGUGCCUGCAAUCACCAGCGAGAAGAAGAGUCACAGCCGCAGUCGAUCUGCGAGCCAUUCGCCGACGAAUAAACAUCAUAAACGCAGCAAGAAGCAUAAGAGUCGCAGUCGAUCACCGCAACCCAAACGGAAAAGUCAUAAACGGCGGAGUUAUUCCAGGUCUAGGUCCAGGUCGAAUUCACCACACAAACGGAAAAACAGGGAAAGAAGAAAAAGUCGUUCGCUGAGCAACGAUCGUGAAAACCGCAACGAUUCGCGUUACAUCGACCGUUAUGAUAAAUACGAACGGUAUAAAGAUGAUCGUUAUGAUGAGAAGGAAUCGCGCAGUAAAAAAUACGAUCGUGAUGCAGGCGGCGGUGAUAAGGAUCGUUAUAGCCGGCGGCCGAAGCAUCGCGAUGAUGAUAAAGACGCGCGUGAUCGGGAUAGGAGCAGGGAUGAGCGGUCGAAGGAUCGACGCAGGUAGGCGGCAAUCAUUACGAGUACGAAUUUAAACAAUAAAGGAAGCAGAUGAUAGCGUUUAGUUUAAAAUUACGGCUAGUUCGAUUAUAAUUGUAUAAUGUGGAAUCAAAACCAGGAAACAAUUUAAACUAUAUUUAAACGCCAAGCCAGCGGAAUCAGUUCGUUUGUGUUUCAGUUUUAAAAGUGUUUAUUCUCGUAAGUACAACGGUACAAACUUAUUUUUAUAAAGAAAUGAAUUGAAAUUGAAACCAAGUAAA